AUGGAUGUAAAAAGUGUUUCCGAGGAUGGUGGCCUUCGACGCGUCCUUGCCAAACAAAACUUUGAUCCCGAAAAGUGCACUGUUAUUUACAUUGCAAAUUUAUCUUUGAAAAUCGCUUUUAUCAAUACUAUUUCAGUUGUCAAGACUGUCGGUCGCAAUGGAGAAUUGGAUGUGGAGCGUACUAUUCAUGGACUCCAGCGGAUUUCCGUUGAAUCGUCAACAAAAGUCAAACAGGCCAUCUACUCAAAUUACAAGCUUUUUAUUGAUGCUGGUAAAGCUGCCACUGCUCUUCAAUCUACAAUACAUCAAAUGCAACAUGAUAUUGGGAAGCAAAAUAAAGUGCUCCAUUCAAUAUUAGAACUCUCUUUAUUUCCAGGUAUUUUUCGUACAUUGCGCAAGGGCCUGUCCUAA